CCAGCGUUUGUAAAUUCAUUUAAAUUUGAGGAUGCUCAACAUAUUAUUUUUUGAAUGCAAGAGGAAAAUUUAAAACAGUGUAAAAGAGCUUCCCUUCUAUUAUACGUGAUCCGUUCUAUGCGCACCUACGUAGCACUUAUGCUAAUAUAAAUAUUCAGAAUACUUUAAGGAGACAGCCAGGUGUCAAGAUCUCAGAAACCCCAUUUCAAUAAAGGCCCAUUUCAAUAAAGGCAUUGAAUAGUCCGCUUGAAUGUUCUUACCUGCGCUCAGGCCUGAAGCCCGGCAUCACGUGCAGUACCUAGGCGCUGAAGUUUGAGAACAUCGCCUGCCCGGGUCCAUUCGGUGUAAAGAGCAGUAAACAGUGCUGGAAGAUAGAAAGAUGUCGGCGUUAGCUUUAGAGGGAAGACAAACUGGAAUUAUUGUGGCAGAGGCUACGAUCCUUAUUUUGUUGAAUGUGGUGUCAUUAGUGGGAAACUUGCUAAUAUGUUGGGCAGUUUAUCGCAACUCAAGCCUUAGAACGACUACUAAUCUUUACAUCGUCGCUCUGGCAGUCAGUGAUCUCAGUUCAGCCAUAUUUGUGAUGCCAUUUUCCUCAGGUGUGUUAAUUACCGGGGACUGGAUGUAUGGCAACUUUUAUUGCAAUAUACAAGGCUUCUUCGUCGUGUUAAACAUAUAUGUUUCUCCGUGUCUGAUGGCGCUUAUGGCUUUUAACCGAUACAUCAGAAUCGUUAAGACAAACAUUUAUCAAAAACUUUUCUCCAUGCGGAAAUGCAAAAUCUGGAUCAUUGCCGUAUGGGUUAUUGUAAUGGCGUACAUUGUGUCUCAAGUAUUGGUCGGCAACCAGGCAAUCAGAUUUGUUCCUCCUUAUGCAGUUUGCUCUACAACGCACCUGAAAAGCACACAGAAAGUCGUUCAUUACAGCAUUGUUAUCUCUGCAUUUGUGGUGGCCCCAAUUGCAAUAACCUCAGCUUGCUACUACAAGAUAUUUCGAACCAUAAAACUCCACAACAAGAAUGUGAUACCAUCGUUACAACGCAGAAACAGCACUUCAGCACCGAGCAUCUCAAGCCGCGAGCUCAGAAUCAGUAUUUCGCUUUUCGUUGUGGUAAUAGUCUUCGCGUUUUGCUGGAUUCCGCUGUGGAUACUGGCCUUAUUGUUCCGCUUUCAACUCGUGACAAGUCUACCCAGGAAUGUCACCUUACUUAUAAGUUUCUUGGUGUUUUUCUCCUCUACGAUCAACCCUUUCAUAUACGCUGGUAUGAACAGGUCAUUCCGAAGUGAAUUGGGUCGUAUUUGUUUUUCGUGUAAACAACAACCCAAUCCAUUGCAGCCCAGACAAUGCAGAAGAACUGAGGAUGAGGAACCAAAGAUUUCGUCUUUAAAUCAUGUGGAAUUGCAAAGUUUAAACAUGGUUAAAUGAAAGGACGAAUUUGAUUUGUUGAAAUUGAACUAGCUAUAGACAACAAGAAAUUGAAAGGAUAAGCUAACUUCCCUUUUUCUAAUUAUUUACUAUAGUACAUGCGAAGAAAAAAUAAAGUAGAUUAUGGUCUCUUGCACAGACUUAAAACAUUCGCGCAAAGUAACAAAAUAUUUCAACGUUAAGCGUGUAUCAGGCUACUAGAAGAUUAGUCUGGAAUGUAAACUAUAUAUGUGUAAAUCAAUAGAUGGAUUUGUGGAGUCAGACUAAUUCAAAUACAUUAAUAUCUAUUUACGACUCCGAGUUUCAUGCUUCUCGCAAACCAAUCAUCGUGCAACUGCCAAAAAUAACAGUUACAAUCUUAGAUAUACACAUUUAAAAAUAGGGAACAGUGCCUUCCAGAGUAACAUGUCGAGAUGUAAUUAGAUGAUGGAAGUGCUAAACGUUCUUGUAAAUAAAAUGCAAUUAAGCAAUCAAUCAAGCAAUCAAUCCAUACUGACUUAAUGUGAAUAUACGCUUAGCUAUGGUGGUGCACUACAAUGGUUCACCAGCUAUUUUACAGGUAUAUCACUAGAAAAGAAAUAUUAAAAUCACGGUAUAAAACAA